CUACUAUAUAUAAUCUGUGAUGCAAUUAAAUUCGGGGUUUUUAUUCUCUUCAGCUAAGAAACGUCUUUGUUGUUUUCAUGGCGCAAAAGGUAGAUUUGCUCUCCUAUGUGCUGGAAUGAUGGUUAAUUGUCCUUGUUCUUGAUCUUGAUCUCAACUUUAAUGGACCCUUCUCCAUAUUAUAUGCAUAUAAAAAUUCACACAUACUUUUGUACUGUAUAAUUCCCAAAGUUCGCAUUUUUAUCAGUUUAUGGAAUGAUGGCUUUGGAAAGUGAGAAUUCUGUUAUUGAAUCUGUGGAAGAUAAUGAAGUGAUUAUUCCUAGUGAGAAUACGAUAAUUCAUAGUAAUGGGGAUUGUGGUGUUGAGCAUGUUAGAGAGGUAGAUUUAGGGGAGGUGAAAUCCGAGGGGUUUCCUUCAUCAGGUAGUGGUUCAAUGGGGACGAAUUCUCAGGUGAAGAAAGGGUAUGGGUUGAAGAAGUGGAAAAGGAUGCCAAGGGAAUCUAGUAAGGAAAGGGGUAAUAGCAUGGAUAAUGGUACAGCUGGGAAAAGAGAGUUUUCGAAUGUUACCCCUGAUUCAAGAAAGGGCGUGGUUUUGGCUGAGACGAAACAAAGAAGUGAGGGUUCAGUUUCCUCUACUAAUGGUGUAUUGAAAAGCUCUGGUCUUUUUGCUCAGGGGUUUGGUUCUGGACUGGAAGUUGGACUUGGACCUGUGUUUGAUGCAGUCGCGGAUUCAGAAAAUAGUGAAGAUCAUAGUAGCAAGUCCUCGACUGCAGCAAGUGCUCCUCAGCAGAGGUUGGAGAUACCUCUGACGGGGGGAUCUGUGGGUGAUAGUAAUGGGUUCCAUGAUUUAGCUGCUCAGAGGGGUCAGCAUGGUAGAAAUCGGACGGGAACUGGUAAGAAGGCUAGAGCGGAACAGGCUAAAAUUGAGAAGGAAAACUCUUAUUGCAGCGUGGAGUCUGACUCUCAGGGAUCCAAUUUUGUCUUUAUGCAGGGAGCUAACUCAGUGACCAGUAAGGGUAGACAAAGCAAGUUCGCCAAUUGUGAUGGUGAAAAUAGUGAUGAGGAAGGUCAGGGCAGUGAACAGCAUUUUGCUGAGGAACUUCAGUCUGGAUUCAGGAAAAACAUGGCAGAAUUUGAGGAAGUCUCACAAACUUAUUUACCUGCUGACCUAAAUUGGAAAACCAAGGAAGAAAACUGUGUAAACAAUGGGUCAUCAGUAGAUCAGGAUCCUUUGCUUGAGUCUAUUACCAGACUCCAAUCUGCACAGGAAGCACUUGCUGAAGAAGUUCAGAAAUUUAAGGAAAUCGGAAAAGAUGAUAUAUUCUUCUUCAGUGAUGUGAUUCAGGAUGCUAAUCCAAGUUCAUUGGAGGGUGACAUAGUUAACGUAAAGCAGAAUGUUAAUGUGUUAGAAAGCAAGCUUGAGGAGGCAAGGUCUACGCUUGAACCCUCUCUAACUUCUACAGGUUCAAUACAAAAAGAAAACAUAGAAAUGUCAGAUCUAGAGCAAAGAAUUUCUAGAGAAGUCGAGGACCUUGAGGGCCUCUUCAAGCAAAGGAUCGAAGCUAUGGUCGAGUACUUAGUAACGUCGAAAACAAUUGAAGAUCUGAGAUUAGCAGCAGUGAGUAAUAUCACAUUUUUGGAAGAACAAAAACUUGUAGCUAUAGAGCAAGCACAGGUAGUUAGCUUCUCUGAAAGUGUAGGAUACCAAGCGAGCAUGCCCAAAAGAGGAGUGGACAAGUUAGAAACACAAAUAGAAACGGGUGAAAACAUGAAGCUGAAGAAGAGAACAUGUAACUUUGCUCUACUUUUCUUUAUACAGUUUGUUCUACUUUGUGUAGCACUUUGGUUCUUUGUUUUGCAGUUGGUGCCUUGCUACACUGAGAAUGUACCAACCUAAUAUUUUUGUUUUUGUUUGUUUUUGUUUUGUUUUUCAAUAUACUUGGCAUCCCUGGAGGAGCUAAUGUACUUGUUUGUUCAUGUAGUGUGGUAUACGGAUUAAUAUACAUUGUAUUUCUUAAUCUUGGUUAUAGAAUUUUUAUACUUUA